AUAGCGUACCCAUGGUUUAUUUUUUCUGUUUCCAAAUUUGUUUUGUCUGAAAACGGAGAUGGCGCUGAGUUGAACAACAAUUCUCGGUCAAUCGUCUCUCUCUCUCUCUCUCUCUCUCUCUCUCUAGGUUUCGUUUUUGGUCUCAACACAAAGCAUACAUCUCUCUAUCUCUCUCCGACCAGCAGAAGGAAUGAGGAAUUCAUUGAAAAAACUGCGAGGAGGAUUAGGGCUAAUAAGGCAUGGAGAUGCCAGGGACAGGCGCGAACGUCGUCUUCAACGAUCCGCCGCUCAAUUGGACGACCUCGCCCGUGCUUCUCAGGACAUGGCCGACAUGGUAGAUUGCUAUGAUAGCUUAUUUUCUUCUGCAGCAGCAACAAUGAACAGUGCAUAUGAAUUCUCAGAGUCAUUAGGGGAAAUGGGUUCUUGUCUUCUUGAGAAGACUGCAUUGAAUGACGAUGAAGAAAGUGGUGAAGUUUUGCUAAAGCUGGGAAAGCUCCAGUUUGAACUUCAAAAAUUACUUGACACUUAUCGUGCUCAUAUGAUCCGGACAAUCUCGAUCCCGUCGGAGUCCCUUCUUAAUGAACUUCGAACUGUUGAGGAGAUGAAGAGACACUGUGACGAGAAAAGAAGCGUAUACGAAUACGUGUUGCAAAAAUACAGAGAAAAGGGGAGGUCGAAAAGCAGUAAAGGAGAAAAUUACUCUUCUCAGGACGUUAAAGCAGCUCAUGAUGAUUUUGAUCAAGAGGCAACUAUGUUUGUGUUCCGUUUGAAAUCUCUAAAGCAAGGACAGUCGCGAAGUCUUCUUACGCAGGCAGCUCGGCACCAUGCUGCUCAGUUGUGCUUCUUCAAGAAGGCCUUCAAAAUGCUUGAGGCAGUUGAGCCACAUGUGCAAUUGGUCACUGAACGACAACAUAUUGAUUACCAGUUCAGCGGACUUGAAGAUAAUGAUUCUGACAACGAUGAUAGUAGUGACGAGGAUGAUGAUGAGGACGAUCGUGACUACAAUGUGAAAGAUGAUGGUGAAUUGAGUUUUGACUACGGAAAAAAUGACAAGGGGCAAAUUGUUAUUGCCACACCAAGAAGCUCAAUGGAGGUGGACAGUGUGGAAUCUGUGGACCUUACAUUUCCACAAGUUGCUACGGUCGAUGCAGCUAAGGAAAGUCAAGUAAGAAACCACGGAAGGGAUUCUUUUGCCUCCAUCGGGGAACUUAAGGCAAGCAGCCAAUCAGCACCACUUUCUGCUGAGAAGAAAUUUGAUCCUGCUGAAAGGUUUAGACAACUACGCCCUUUAUCCUCACGGAAGUACCACUCUUAUGUACUUCCCACACCAGGUGAAGCAAAGGGUCCAGUUUCGUCUGGACCAGAUACUCAAACUCCUCGAACAAGAUAUGCAAGUUUGAGCGGUCCUUUAGAACAGAAAAAAGGCGAAAAGAUGUUGGGAAACGAGAAAUUAUCAGGAUCUACUGUCUCAAGUCAAGAUUCAGUACUUAGAGAGAGCAAUAAUAAUAGGAAUUCGACUGUCUUACCCCCUCCUUUGACUGAGGAGCUCUCAUCAAAGAAGCAUGAUCAAUCUGUCACUUCUGAUGCUAAAAAAAUCAGAAGAUAUGCUUUCUCUGGUCCAUUGACUGGUAAGUCAUGGCCAAACCAUCUUGGUUUAUCUGCUAGUGGACCUAUCGCCUCAACUGGACCACCUAUGUUAUUUUCUGGACCUAUCUUACGUACUCCAAUGCCUCCACCAGUGUCAUCACCUCCAAAACUCUCUCCAAAUGCCUCCCCUACUUUCGUGUCAUCACCUAAAAUAAGUGAACUCCAUGAGCUUCCUAGACCCCCAGCCAAUUAUAAAGCUCCCAAGUUUGCUUCAGGACCUUUGAAUAGGAUUGGUUAUUCAGGCCCCUUGGUAUCUAACCGUCAAGAAAAUCCUUCUGCAAAUAUUUUGGUGUCCAGUAGGGCAUCCCCACUGCCAACACCUCCUCAGACAUUCCCACGUAGUUUUUCCAUACCGUCCAGGGGGCAGAGUGGGAAUAUAUCUGUGUCCGCACCAUUGGGAGCACCACAACCUUUGAAGAUGGCUGAAGAGAUUGAAUCGCCUACUCUGACACCAAUUUCCUUAUCAAACAGUCAACCUAAAUCAACCAAUUCAUAAAUUCGAGGUAGAGGCUCAUCCCGACUUGAUGAUCUUCCGGAGAUUUUGUUUUCAGGUACAGGUGCAGAUUUGCAAAUAGUUCGUUUUUCAUUAGUUUUCUUUAUCAUUUUAGUCUUUGUUGAUCCUGUUAUUCUUGCGCACAAAAAUAUGCGCUCAUUUACUCCCUCGUCUUCCGCACAAGGGGGAAUUUUGUAUGAAUCUUCUGUUUAUUUUCUGUCGUUACCAAUCCGGCUUCGGUUGUAUAGGCCAAAUUUUAAACAGAUGCUUGUUGACAGAUCAGUGCGUUUGCAGACCAAA